GCACUUCCGGAAAGACGAAUCAUAGUAGUUCAGCUUGACGUCGCUGUCAAAACUCCGAGCAAAUAUAAAAAGGCAAAACGUGAAGUUAUUGUUUUAUCUUAGCAGAAGGUGUCGAUCUAAAUGUUUGUCUAGAAGCAGUGUCGCCUUCGACAUGGUGGACGUGAAACAACCCAUUCCCGGUGGCGUACCUGGCGGUGAUGGCAAGGACAAGUUCAUGAAAAGUCAUCAAGUUGCCUUUUACAGACGUCAGAUGCAGGGACCCAAAAGGCAGUACCGAGCCCUCCUGGAGACGCUUGUGCUCACCGAAAAGGGAGCACGCUUGGAGUUGCUGGAACCGGACCUCCAGAGCAAGCUGCUCGUGUGCGUGUCGCCCUGCGAGAACGGCACGGUCCGGAUCGUUAUCGACGAACUGAAACCCAUCAAAGCGCGGUACAGGGUGCCGGACGUGCUCACCCGGGAGCCGCCGUGCGAAAAGGUGAGACUGGAGGAGCGGCGGCCCGAUUGCGUGACGCUCUCCUGGGCCUCGGGACUCCACCGGUGUCGGGUGCGGCGCCUCCCCUUCCGCCUGGAGCUCCUCUGCGAGGACCGAGCCGCGGUGACGUUCAACGCGCGGAGCAAACUGUGGUUCGAGGCCCUGCGGGAACGUCCCCGGGAGGCCGAGGCAGACGCCGACGAGUUGGCGGAGGAUAACCUGUGGCGGGAGACCUUCAGGGACUUUGUGGACAUCAAAGCCAACGGACCCAGCAGCAUUGGCGCCGACUUGCGUCUCCACGGAUUCCAAGACGUGUUCGGCCUGCCGGAACACGCCGACAGUCUCCGUCUGGUUGACACCAGGGAUGACGAACCUUACCGACUGUACAACCUGGACGUGUUCGCGUACGAGAUCCGCAGCCAUCUGGGCACGUACGGCAGCGUCCCGCUCUUGGUGGCCCACAAGCCGGACCGAACACUCGGAGUAUUUUGGCUCAACGCCUCUGACUCAUUUGUGCACAUCAACUACAGCCAGGAAGAAGACGGGCCUCUGCCGCACACAGACGUCCACUGGCUGUCCGAGAGCGGAGUGAUCGACUGCCUGGUUUUGCUAGGCCCGAGUCCGGCGGAGAUGUAUCGCCAGUACGCCCAGCUGACGGGGUUCCAGGCCCUCCCGCCUCUGUUCGCACUCGGGUACCACCAUUCGCGCUGGGAUGACGACACUCAAGAAGACGUGGCGGAGGUGGACGCCGGCUUCGACCGGCACCGCAUCCCGUACGAUGUCAUGUGGCUGGACAUUGAACACACGGACGGGAAGCGCUUCUUCACCUGGAACCCGAAGCUGUUUCCUGACCCAGCCGGCCUCCAACACCACCUGGAGGAGAAGAACAGGAAGUUGGUGGUUAUCGUCGAUCCCGCCGUCAUGAUCGAUCCCGGUUGGUCGCUGUACCACGAGGGGCGGGACGGAGGGCAUUUCGUCAAGGACAGAGAGGGGAAGAUAUUCGAGGGUACCAGCUGGGCGGGCAACUCUCAUUUCCCAGACUUCAGCAACCCUCACACCCGGGCCUGGUACGCCAAGUGCUUCGCCCUGGAUCGGUACAAGGGCUCGACGCCGUCUUUGCACGCGUGGGCCGACAUGAACGAGCCCACCGUGUUCUCCGGGCCCGAGUUGACGUUGCCGAAGGACGCGGUGCAAUAUGGGGGCUGGGAACAUCGCGAGUUGCACAACCUGUACGGUUUUUACCAGCAAAUGGCGGCGGUGGACGGCCUGCUGACGCGCUCCGGCGGCACCGAGAGACCUUUCGUCCUGUCUCGCGCCUUCUUCGCCGGGACCCAGAGACUAGGAGCGGUGUGGACCGGCGACAACCUCUCCACUUGGGAGUAUCUGAAGAUCUCCAUCCCGAUGUGUCUGUCCAUGUGCGUGACGGGAAUCUCGUUUUGCGGAGCCGACAUUGGGGGGUUCAUCCCGGAGCCGAGCCCCGAGUUGCUGGUCCGCUGGUACCAGGCCGCCUGCCUGCAGCCGUUCUUCCGGGGUCACUCGUCGAUGAACACGGCGCGCCGGGAGCCCUGGCUUUUCGAGGAAGAGGUGACCGACGCCAUCCGAAGUGUCAUCGCAGAGAGGUACCGCCUGCUGCCGUACUGGUACACUCUCUUCUACCGGGCUCACACCGACGGACUUCCCGUGCUCAGGCCUCUGUGGAUGGAAUUCCCUCAGGAGCGGAGCGUCUUCAGCGUGGACCACCAGUACAUGCUCGGAGAAGCGCUGAUGGCGUGUCCGGUCACAGAACCCGGCGUUACGGAACUCGACGUCCUGUUUCCCGAAGUGGAGCAGCUUUGGUAUGACGUCAAAUCAGCGGAGGUUCACCAAGGAGGCGGAACUACGAAGUUUCCGGUAACCUUAGAAACGAUUCCGGUGUUCCAGCGAGGCGGUACGAUGGUGUGCCGCACCGUAGCGGUCGGGACUUGUACCGCCGACAUGAAGACGAUGUCCCUCGCAAUCACGGUGGCUCUGGAUGCUCAGGGCGGCGCCAAAGGCGAGGUGUACCUGGACGACGGCCACAGCUUCGCGUACCGCGACAGGCGCGAGUUCUGCCUGCGCUCCUUCCGCAUGCUGGCGGGACGCCUGCGGUGCCGCGCCGGCGGCGAGGCGGGAAGCAACGGGCGCGGCGGCGCGGCCGUGCGCUCGGUGGACGUCUUGGGGGUGCGGGCGGAGCCGUCGGCGGUGCGGGUUCACGCGGCGCGGGGCGCCGAGGGCGUCGAGGUGGAGUUCGAGUACGACCCGGAGCGACGCGAGCUCAGCGUCGGCAACUUGGAGCUCGCCGUGGACGACGACUGGGACGUCCACAUAUGUUGACUUCCUGUCACAGCGCUCACUUGACUUGUAAGUUUUGCUUGAAGUAAAAAUCUGACAAAGAAUAAUAAUUAAAAAAAAAAAAAAACAUA